CAUGCUGCCUCCAUUUGUGCCAGUUUCCACGUCUCAUUAAACUUCAUUCGCAAGUGCUGCUUGAGGCUCCCAUCCCUGACUAUAAAUUCGUCUGUAAGCUCAUAGCUGUAUCCAUUGCCUUUUUGGGACCAGGUCUUCUUGAAGUCCUUCUCAGCUCUUGAUUAUCCCAACACCAUGAGAAUUCUUCUGUGCACAGGCCUCCUCUUGAGCUUGUUUUCAGUAGGUGAGUAGAAACCAGAGAUUCUGUGUUCCAUUAACUUCCUCUAGAAUAGUGAGGGGGUCAGUGGAGCUAGUGAAAGGAGGUCAAGAACUUCAUGUGCUCCUGGAUGGGGUAUUGAAUAGAUGGAUAUUAGGAUGAAGAGCAGGAGAAUCUGGGAAUCUUGGUGUGAUGAGAAAGUGAAUCAUACAAGUUACCAAAGUCCCCUAACACUAUCAUAUUUAUCUCUACACCAAAGGAGUGCAAUCUAGGAAUGUUGAUGCCAAGCAGGCUCCCCCUGCUGCAAAGAUCUCCUUCCUGUCAAGGAAAAGUCCCUAAAUGGAGUGUUCUGAUGUCAUGGAGGGGUUGAACUGCCCCAGCAUCCAUUGGACUCUGUUCUUGGCUGCUGUGGCCCCCUACCUCCACCUGCUGCACUUGCCAGCAUGCUAUGCUAGGGGUGGAUUGCUCCAUUAGGGAGCAAAUUGGGCAUGCAGGCAAUGGGAUGGGGGUGGGGAAUAAAACUUCUCAUCACAUAUUAUUUUGCUUUUAAUGAGCUAUUGCUCCAGAACUGCAGUGGCAUGUUAAGAGUAGAGAUCUAAGCAAACAGCAGCUAGCUUAAUUCCAGCUGCGUCAUUAUCUGCCGAGCCAGGGGAAAUGGCGGAGGAGGAUUCUUAUACAAACUUGUUGAAGGAAAUCCUGGCUCAGAUUCAAGCCUUGAAGUCGAUUCAGCAAGAUGUGGCAGAACUUUAAAAAAUACUUUCAACAGAUGCAAGAGGAAACGUCUCAUUAUGAAGAUUGCUUGACUGUCCACAAAACACUUAUGCAAGGAAGUCGUAAUAUUUAGAGUAAACAAAUUACUUAUUUAGAGUCACAACUGCAGGGAAUCUUGGGGAGUUUGUACGGAUUUUUUUUAAAAAAAAAACACCUGUGGAAUGGUCUCCCUCUGGAAGUUAUGGACUCUCCUUCUUGGAGGAUUUUAAGCAGAGGCUGGAUGGCCAUCCAUCAUGGAUGCUUAGUUGAGAUUCCUGCAUCAUAGGGGGUUGGAGCAGAUGUCCUGUGGGGUCCCUUCCAAGUUUAAAAUCCUAUGAUAUUAUGUGUGGUCUUUCUCUAUGCAAUUAAAAGAGAGAACUUUGGAAAGAACUUAGAAAGUUAUAUAUUAAGGGUUUAUUUUGCUGUCUAUUUUGUGAUUUUAAGUUGCUACUGGGGUUUUCUCUUGGCAUCCAAGAACUGUCUUUUUAUACCUUUUUUUUCUUGAGUCAGCAAAAUGGAGAUGCCUGGGGCAUAUGAACAGGACACUGAGCUUUUGUGAUCUUCCUUUCUCUCUGCAGGGGCGCCACUACAAUGUAUGACAUGUCUAUAUCUGUACAACAACACUUGUCUCAUGCGACAGGCACGUAAAUGUUCAGAAGAUACUUGCCGUGAAGUUGCUCUACAAAGCAAUAUAUGUGAGUAAGGUUUCUUUCCCCCCGCACCCAUGUACAAAGAACCCUUCUCAACGGAGGCCUUCCACACACUCAGAAAUUACCAUGCUCUCUGCGAUCAAAGAAUUACAGUAAAAUCCAUACACAUGUGACUCAGCCCAAAAGUCUUCUGUAAAAUAUACAGAAGAGUCUGCCUGCGUUCAACAUCUUCUCCUCACAGAAGGAAUUAUGUGGACUACAACUUUAUUAAUGGGGAUGAAGGAUUCUCCAGAAAGAUUUAUGAGUUCUAUGAUGAUAUUACAAGGGGAGCAACUGACAUAUUUAGUGAUUCAUCUCUUAACCAGGACUUUUCCCCUCCAAAUGUUCUGUCUUCAGUGAAAAAGCUAAAAGAUUGAUUUAGGUUUUUUAACACUUCAAGGCUGAGUAUGUGGGAGUCCAUUUUUCAGGAGCCUCCUAAAUAUGAUACAGUCAGAUAUUGUAAACCAACAAUUCUAUAUCUGAUUUUCUUCGAUGUUCUGCUGAAAUUGAGAAUGCUGAGGUUGGCUGUUGGGAUCAGGCACGAUCCCUGGCAUGAACCAGGCCUAGAAAAGAUUCUAGUGUAUAGUCUUUCUGGCCCCCAUCAUCUUCCUGCAUGGGAUGUUGUAGGAAUCCACUGAGAAUGGAUAAUCAAUCAAAUGUCCUUCCAUCCACCCACUCAAUCAAAACAUGGCACAGAUUCUAUAAUGAACUACUUUUUAAACGUGUACCCACGAUACAUUAAUAGGUACAUACUUUUUAAAUGUAUAUAAUUUCCUACUCAUUGAUGUAUAGAGGCGCUCUUUGCUUUUCUUCUUUCUGAAUUGUUGUUUCUGACCAAAUUCAUGCUAUAUGCACUAAAAUUCAAAUCCUAACUAUGUGAACUCAGAAGCAAAUCCCAAUGAAUUCAGUGAGCCUUACUCCCAGAUGUGUGGGGGUUCAGAUUUCAGCCUUAAAUAGCUUCCUGCUGUAAAAUUUAAAAGCCAAGGGGACACAUAAAUCAUUAUUGUUCUUUUCUGAUGGAAAAAGAUAUCUUUGGUUACUUCUGAAUUUUAUCCAUGCUCCUCAGUCGUAGCCUCUUUGUUUUUUUUUUUUUUUUAUAUAAUUUUUUAAUUGAUUUUAUAGACAAGUUUUAUACAAUACAAACAAAUAAAAAGACAUACAAACAUGUAUAGUUUCAUAACCUUUUUUUUCAUAACCCUCUCUUCUCGGACUUCCCCAAAUCUCCCCUUCCUACAUCCCAAUUUCCAAAAUUAUUUCAGCAAAUUCUAAAUAAUUUUAUCAAAUAUAUUUUUCUUAUUUUUUUUUUCUUCAACUUAAUCUUAUGUCGCUGUAAUCUCCUUUUCUUUCUCCAAACCUCGACAUUUUAACAUUCCUCAAUUUUAUGAUAGUUCUUUAGAUAGAUUUUAAAUUUCUUCCAAUCUUCUUCCACCGUCUCUUUCCCCUGCUCACGGAUUCUGCCGGUCAUCUCCGCCAAUGUCAUAUAGUCUAUAACCUUCAUCUGCCACUCUUCCAAGGUGGGUAGUUCUUCUGUCUUCCAAUACUUUGCGAUGAGUAUUCUUGCUGCUGUCGUAGCAUACAUAAAAAAAGUUCUGUCUUUCUUUGAUACCAAUUGGUCGGCAAUGCCCAAGAGAAAGGCCUCUGGUUUCUUCAAGAAAGUACAUUUAAGUACCUUUUUAAUUCAUUAUAUAUCAUUUCCCAGAAAGCCUUAAUCUUUGGGCACGUCCACCAAAGGUGAUAAAAAGUACCUUCAGUUUCUUUACACUUCCAACACUUAUUAUCAGGCAAAUGAUAAAUUUUUGCUAGCUUGACUGGAGUCAUGUACCACCUAUAGAUCAUUUUCAUAAUAUUUUCCUUUAUGGCAUUACAUGCCGUAAAUUUUAUACCGGUGUUCCACAACCAUUCCCAGUCAGCAAACAUAAUGUUAUGACCAAUGUCCUGUGCCCACUUAAUCAUAGCUGAUUUAACUGUUUCAUCUUGUGUAUUCCAUUUCAGCAGCAAAUUAUACAUUCUUGACAAGUUCUUAGUAUUGGGUUCUAACAGUUCAGUUUCUAAUUUUGAUUUCUCCACCUGGAAGCCAAUUUUCCUGUCUUGUUUAUACACCUCCAUUAUUUGAUAAUAAUGGAGCCAAUCUCGUACUUUGGGUUUCAAUUUCUCAUAGCUCUGUAGCUUCAACUUAUCUCCAUCUUGUUCCAAAAUUUCCCGAUACUUUAGCCAUUCGGCUUCCAUAUUAAGCUUUUUCAACGCCGUGGCUUCCAAAGGUGACAACCAUCUAGGGUCUUACUUUCCACCAAAUCUUUAUAUCUUAUCCAAACGUUAUAUAAUGCUUUCCUGACAAUAUGAUUUUUAAAGGCCUUAUGCACCUUGAUUUUAUCAUACCAUAAAUAUGCAUGCCAACCAAAUGUAUUGUUAAAACCUUCUAAGUCCAAGAUGUCUGUAUUCUCGAGGAGCAUCCAUUCUUUCAGCCAGCAAAAAGUUGCUGCUUCAUAAUACAGUUUUAAGUCCGGCAGGGCAAACCCCCUCUUUCUUUUGCAUCCGUCAGUAUUUUAAAUUUUAUUCUGGGCUUUUGCCCUGCCAGACAAAUUUCGAAAUAUCCUUCUGCCACCUCUUGAAACAGUCUAUCUUGUCUAGAAUUUGUAGUGUUUGAAACAAGAAUAACAUUCUAGGCAAUACAUUCAUCUUAAUAACUGCAAUUCGGCCUAACAUUGACAAUUUCAAAUUUGACCAUAUUUCUAGAUCUUUUUAAUUUCCGACCAACAUUUUUCAUAAUUGUCUUUAUACAGGUUCAAAUUUUUAGAUGUCAAAUAAACCCCUAGGUAUUUCACCUUCUUUACCACUGUCAAACCUGUUUCAUUCUGAAACUUCUCCCUCUCCAUGACUGUUAAAUUUUUUUUCCAAAACUUUAGUCUUUUGUUUAUUCAAUUUAAAUCCAGCUACCUGGCCAAAUUCUUGGAUUAGGUCCAACACCCUUUUUGUACUAGUGUCUGGCUCUUGUAAAGUAAGUACUAAAUCAUCUGCAAAGGCCCUUAACUUGUACUGUUUCGCUCCGACCUGUACACCUUUGACCUGCUGGUCAUCUCUAAUCAUAUUUAGCAACACCUCCAGAACAGAAAUAAAAAGUAAUGGGGAAAUAGGGCACCCCUGUCGUGUCCCUUUUUCUAUUUUAAAUUCUUCAGUUAUCACAUUAUUUACAAUCAAUUUAGCUUUUUGUUCAGUGUAUAUGGCACCCAUACCAUUCUCGGAUCCUUGGCCUACCCCCAUCCCAUGAAGAUUCUUUUUCAUAAAACUCCAAGAAAUAUUGUCAAAGGCUUUCUCCGCAUCUACAAAGAUCAGAACUGCUUUAGUGUUUAUAUUCACCUCUAAUAAUUCCAAAAUGUCUAUUAUGUUCCUCACAUUGUCUGAUAAAUGCCUUUUUGGGAGAAAGCCUGCUUGGUCCUUAUGAAUCUUCUCCAUCAGCACUCUUUUCAAUCUUUUUGCCAAAAUGUCUGCAAAAAUUUUGUAAUCCACAUUAAGUAAUGAUAUUGGGCGGUAGUUCUUAAGUUGAUUCUUUUCAAUCUCUGUCUUUGGUAUGAGUGUAAUGUACGCUUCUUUCCACGAUUCUGGUGCCCUUUUCCCCUCUAAGAUCUCAUUACAGACUUCCUUUAAUGGUUGUACCAACCACUCCUUCAAAGCCUUAUAAUAUCUGGAAGUCAGUCCAUCUGGUCCUGGAGAUUUGCCCAGUUGCAUGUUUUGAAUGGCACCCUCUAUCUCUUGAUCUGUUAUUCUCUGAUUUAGAUCCACCUUACUUUGGUGAGAGAUUUUUGUAGUCCAUACUUUUAAGAAAUUCUUCUAUAUCCUCCUCCUUCUGUGGUCCUUGUGAAUAUAGUUUUUAAAAUAACUCAAAAACAAUUUCUUAUCUCGUUAGGUUUAGAUAUAUUCUUUCCAUCCACUUCUAGGCUUGUAACUGUAUUUAGUUUCUGCCUUUUCUUCAAUUGCCAAGCCAGAAGUUUACCACAUUUAUCUGCAGAUUCAAAUGUCUUUUGUCUCAUUUGUUUUAUCUUCCAUUCAAUCUCUUGAUUCAUCAAUUCCAUAUAUUGUGUCUGAUAUAACUUAAUCUCUCUCAAAAUCUCCUGGGACUUUGGUUUUGAUCUCAAUUUCUUCUCUCCUUCUUUUAUCUUUUCCAAGAUCUUGUCCUUCUUCUCAUUUUGCUUUCUCUUUUUUACAGAAUUUUGUUGAAUUAGAAAUCCUCGCAUCACUGCUUUACUUGCGUCCCAGAUCACUCUUUUUUCUACAUCAGUUUUUAGAUUUAUUUCAAAAUAGUCCUUUAAAGUUUUUUGGGCCUUUCUAUGGAUCUCCUCAUCUCGAAACAGGGUGUCAUUCAUCCUCCAUCUGAAUUGACCAGUUGUUGUAAGUUUCAUUUCCAUCCUCACGGCGUUAUGGUCGGAGCAGGUCUUUGGGCAGAUUUCCACUUUUUAAUCUUUGGAGCCAACCCACUAGUAAUCCAAAUUUGAUCGAUUCUGGUCCAGGUCAUCAUUGCUUCAGAGAAAAGGUUCCCUCUCUCUCGAGAGGAUUCCUUGUUCUCCAAAUAUCAAUCAAGUCCAUAUUUUCAGUUAUUUCAAAGAAAGUCUUUGGUAGUCUCCCAUCUCUGGUGAUUACCUGUCUUUGUGCUUUGUCCAUAUUUGUAGAUACCACUCCAUUCAUGUCUCCCAUCAUGAUUAAUUUGUAAUCCAAAUAGUCCAACAAUGUCUCAUGCAACUUCUUAAAAAUUCUGACUUCCCUUCAUUAGGUGCGUAAAUCCCUAGUAUCAAAAAUUUUUCACCUUGAAUUUGCACUUCAAUUGCCAAAUACCUUCCUUGUUCAUCUUUAAAUAUAAACUUUGGGGAAAGUUUUUCUUUUGCAUAGAUUACCACUCCUCUUUUCUUAACUUUAUCCGAUGAAAUAAAUUCUUGGCCUAAUCUCUUAUUGACGAGUAGUUUCCUAUGCAAUCUUGUUAUAUGAGUUUCCUGUAGACAAAUUAAGUCCAACUGCUCUUUUUUCAGUAAAUGAAAUAUAUUUUUCCUCUUUCGCGGAAGGUUAAGUCCGUUACAAUUCCAACUUAGAAGUUGCAGGGCCAUCCUGAAGCUAUUUGCCUCCUGUUGCUCCAAGUAGUUGUUCUUCUUUUGUUGGUGAUUUCAAUCCAAACGUCAAGUUUAAAAUGUCUGUUGCGUCUUUCGAUUCUGGUGUUAUUUCCUCUCCGACUGUUCCUUUCAGAAGGUCUUCCCUAUAGUGAUUUAAAAAUUGAUCUCGAUCUUCUACUGAUCUUAUCCUUAUUUUCCUACCUUUGAAUUUAAAAGAUAGGCCUUGCGGGAAUUCCCACCUGAGAGGUGCUUCGUUCUUCUUCAGCAAUCCGACCAGUUCUUUAUAGUUUGUUCUUGCGUCUAGAAUUUCCUUUGGAAUAUCUUUAAAAAUCUCCACAAAAGAAUCUUCGAUCUCGAGUGUUCUUUGAAAAUGCAGGCUCAAUAUUUUAUCUCUCUCUUCUCUUGAUCCUAAUGUUAUUAGGCAAUCCCUUGGCUUCUUCCUGCCUUGUGCUCUUCCCAGUCUAAAGGCAGUGACUAUUUUAAUUUCUUCUUUCUCUAACUCCUGUUGCCAAAAAUCCAUAAAUUCUUUAGAAAGGAAGUUCGCCAAGUUAUCUCCUUCACUUUCAGGCACCGCUCGUAGUCUUAAAUUUCUGUCUCUUCUCUGCAAUUCAAGCAUAGACAGGGCCAAUGUGUGAUCUUCUAACUUUUUGCAAACUGGUACAAUUUUUUCCUGUGUAGCAUCCGCCGAGACUUUAGCCUCAUCAGCAGAGACUUUGGCUUCUUCUGCGAUUUUACGUAUAUUGGCAGAGUCCUCUAGUAUUUUAUUAAUAGAUUCUGUAUUAGAUGUCACCCUUUUCCCUAAUUCAUUCACACUUUGUGUAUUCUGAUCAAGUUUAAUUGAGAGUUCUGUCAAUUUUCUGCUAUUUUCCACCCCCUGCUUUGUCAAAGAUUCCAAAGACUCAUUUAUUUUAACCAAAGCUUGUGUUACAGGAUCUGAUGACAUUAUUGUUCUUGUCUGACCAGUUGCAGCUGGUGCCACUGGGAUGCCUGGGACUGAAACUCUUCGCUGUGAAGAUUUUACUUUGUAUUGUCUCCCAGACCUGGUUGUUGUCUCUUCUGGUGCACCACUCAUGCCUAGCCAAGGUCACUCUCACAGCUGUUAGUUGUUUUCAAGGAAAUUUCCACUGCCUUAGUAGUUACAAUCCAAUUUGCAACAAUUAUCAAAGUGCCCUCUAGGGGAAGAAAGUUUCCAAAACUACACAAAAUGUCUUACAGCCAAAAAUUCCCCUGAGGUUUCCCAGUAGUCAAUUGUAACAGUUCUUAUAUUUUCAGAGUUCAACAAACCUGUAAUUUAGUAUCUCUCCUGAGCUGAGUAGUUUAAAACAAUGUAACAAUCCAAAUGACAGUUCACUGACAGUUCUCUCUCUCCAGGUUCCUUUGCCCCGGCAGUCCGUUUCAGGGGUGUUUGACACAGUGGUGAAAAGUUUUUAAAGUCCUUUUCUGGCAGGUUCUAAUCACAGUUUCCUCCCCCUUUUGCUCCUGCCUACCAAAAGGGGGGAAGUUCACAGUUUAUGUCUGGUUCUCUUAACUCUUUGCGAUCUCUCAAUGGUUACAGCUUUAAUCCUUCUUUGCUUUAUCCUUAUGCAGUCCGGGAAAGGCUGACUUCCUUACUUUAAACCAGUCCCGUUUUCAGCCAAAUUUCAAAAGGAUAGUUGUAAAUCCCAAUUAGGUCUCAGUCUUACUCACGAGUUUUGCUUUAUAAUCCAAUUUUCAGGAAGGAAUCGGCGCUCUCCGGCUAUGGCGAUGCGGCUUCGCUUCACAAGCUGGGUAUCGGCUCUCAGCACCGCUUCUCCCCCCGCUGCCGUUCCGGAGCCUUUAAAAAGGCUCCCUUGCGAUUUCGGGGGGGCGCGAUGGUGCCCACCGAGCCUCCUUGUUCACAGGCUUCCGCGCCUGUAAUUUUUGAGGGUCCCCGCUUCGCCGUAGCGGCAGGACCCGAACUUGUAAAGCAGACCCCCUCCGGAGCUCGGAGGGAAAUCCGCCAUUAACCGAUGGCGCCGACCGGAAGUCCCCUGUGGCUCAGUCGUAGCCUCUUUGUCCAAUUUGGGAGAACCACCAGGGUAUGACUGCCCAUCACCCCAAUCUCCAUUUUAAAAGUGACAUUACAUUUAAAAUGAUUUUCCUUGCUCCCCCUAGGUCCUGCUAUCAUUUUUACAUUUUUACAAUGUUAAAAUUCGCUUAUCUGAAUGUAAUACAUUUUGCCCAAACCUUGCUAUAUUCUCUGCAGAUUUAUAUAUUCGAAAAGCCAAAGUUUGCCCCCUUCCUUCCUUCCUUCCUUCCUUCCUUCCUUCCUUCCUUGUUUAUGCUUUGCAGGUUGGCAGCAGCUAUUUUUGGGCAGAAGUCAUGCAGGGAGGGAGGGAGGGAGGGAGGGAGAUCAAACAUAUCAGAGAGCAGGAGAGAUCGGCCAAUUCAGGGAGCAGGAGAGAUCAGAGAAAUCAGUUUCUCCUCUGUUUCCCUUUUGCUGGUUGGCUGCAGCCAUUUCAGGAAUAAAUAAUUGAAAAGGGGUUGGGGAGAUCAGAGAAACCCUGGAUUAAAAAUGUUCCCAUAGGAAUUAAUGGAAAUAAUGAACUCAUAAAGCCAAUGCUUGACUAAGGAAUGACCAGGGAACACAUUGAGGGACCUGCAUGUAUUGGCACAAGUCAGCUAACUUUCAUCUUGCCCAUCUUUUCCCCACCAUCUUCUUACCUCUCCAGAUUCUGGGAGACUGGGGGGAAGGGGAGCUGCCUGGCGCAGGAAGGAGAGACAGCUUGGCUUCCUCGCUGGCCUGAGUCAUUGCUGCCUCUUGGACCCCAUUCUCUUCCGCCUCUGGUUCUUGACUGCUCUCUCCCUCAGAUUCUUCCUGCUCACUAAACCCUGUUAUCUUUUCAGUUUCUGACACCUCCAUCUCCCUCUUAUCCCUCUGACCACUCAUUGUCCCACAACAAAGCCCCUGGCUCUGAGCCUUCUUCCCUUGGGGGUUCCCCACCUGGUGCUUCUUGCCUUGCCUCUGCAUCCAGUCAGCCCAUGACACCACUCUUAUAACACCAGUGCACAGCAUCAAACUAAACACUUUCCAUUUUAUGUAUCUAUUAAAUCUCCAAAUAAAAAAAUCUGGGGCAAAAAUGAUUGACUUGAUAUUCCUCUCUAAUUCUUCUUCACAGUUGCUGAAGAUAACCUCAGCCUUACUUACAGUGACUGCGCUAACACUCAGGAUUGUAUCCCAGGCACCUUUUCUAUUUCUGGAGGAACCCCCCGAUUCUUUCGGAUGCAAGCUGAAUGCUGCAAUACUGACGUAUGCAACGAAAACCCUAUUCAAUGUAAGGGCCCUAGUAUUUUGGGCACUUUCUGUAUCAACAAUUCUUGCCCAGAGGCAAAAUAUAGAACUUCCCAAAGACAAAAUGUAACAAUAAGACACUUAUAUUCCACCAAGUGUCCAUUCCUUUAAAUAUAGCCUUUCCAUAAUAUAUGAAUAAUAUACUUCAGCCCUUACAGAAUGUGUAUGGAGCUGACUUACCUACUUGAACCAUUGUGGGCUGACUGGAAGAAGACAUUCGAAACAUUUGCAUCCGGUGAUCUCGUCGUCGGAGUCCCACUUGGGAUUUCACACAGUUGAGGCUCUAUCACAGUGGUUUGAGUGAUUGAUAGUAAGGCUACAACACUCACUGGAAAAUGGGUUGCUUUCAUCCAGUGUGUGGAUUAUCCUUUGUGUGUCGAGGUCCCCAAGCCACCCCAAAUAAACUCACACUUCACACAUCAAUUUUGUUUAAGGUUUUUUGGCAUGAUUUUGGCCACAACUUUAUUUAAAUACACACAUGUGAGUGGUUGCUUAGGCAUUGGUUACGUCUAUCUGUCCUUGCCCCAGGGACAGAACUGACUUCUGGAUUCCAGCUGAAGCCAGUCAGGGAAAACAAUAUUGGGGAGAAAUGAAGCUGGGCAACAGACCCUCACUUCUCACCCGCAUGCUCCCGGGGCUUGCAUGGCCCAAGCCCAAUGCCAGGGACUUGGACGAAAAGGAUGGCAAGCCCUUUUAACAGAAUUCCCUUGCAGCACCACCAUUGGAGGGGUAGGCACUUACCCCUCCACCCACCAAUUUUAACCAAUGCCUAACCGCAAACCUUACAAGUUGUGAUGAUUUGCUACGCAGUAGGCAAAAACCAAAUGGCACCAGCCAAUCAGCCAAAUGGACAAAAUUCCUACCAGGCCCCUGCCCCAACAGCAGGCAACCCCAUGACAGGCACAGCAAGGUCAAAGCAAACAACCCCCCCCCCCAAUUCAGGGAGGGUGGGCGGGUGAUCCGGUGCACACAGCCCAAGAGGAUGCCGAAGGCUGCGUGCCCAGUAUUUGAAACCUUUGACCCCACCUCCAAUUUGGCAACAUCGAAGUCUCCCCAGAGACUCAAAUUACCCAAUCACUGCCCGUGGACAUCCAAACGGGUCUGGCCAGCAACAGUGGGGUGGCCUGCUGGCCCCCACCGCAACACGUGCUCUCUGUUAGGGAGAACACAUUUUAGCAACAAGUAUAUUUCUAGCGGUUCUAUUCUCUUGAUUGAAUGAAGAUACAUUUGGCUGGAACUUUGGUUUUGAGACAUCCCAUAUUGUACUUGAACAUGAUUUUGGUUUUGCAGUUCUCCGCAAAAAUGCUCACCAACUCUGGUCACUCUUCCCUUUAAAAAAACUCAACAACUCUGGGGAAUCCUCCUCCCUCCAAUGACAAUGGGUAGAUCACUGCCAUUUUUUUAUAUAUACUGGGAGUAGAUCACAGUCUCUUGGGAGUUGGACGUGCCUGGUAUAUAUUAUGUAAAGGUUAUAUUUAAAGAAACAGACACUUGGUGGAGUAUAAAUGUCUUGUUUUUACAUUUUGUCUUUGAGAAGUUCUAUGUAAUUGCAUACAGGGUUAUGUGAGCUGUGUUUCUUUAUUUCUCUGUAUUCCUUUGUGUUGUGUUUUGCUUACUUUGUUGCAGAGGCAAAAUAUAACUGGGUGAAAGGUUUGUCUUCCUAGUGUCUCUGGAAAGCAAUUGGACUCCUCUUCACGAGUCCCAUAAAAUCUGAUGUGGGGAUCUUGUGGUUUUCUAUUUGGUCAUCAAAUUUCCCAGCUCAAAAGCAAGUGAUAGUUUUUGCAUGUCUGGGAAAAUCAAGAGAUGUGCACACAUUUAUCAAUUUAUAUAUGAGGGUGAGGGGAAUUGACAUAUUUAUUAGUGUGACUUUAUUUAUAACUGGAUGUGUUACUAUUGUCACAUUCCGUGAAGUUUAAUGAAAGAAGCAACAACCCUUCUAACAUGUCAAAACUAGAUCCUAUUUAAGAUUUGACUGAAUGUUGUAGCAUUUUCAUUUCAUUGUUAGGGGCAGGGCGGCUGUUGCCCACAGCAAACCAGUAUGUACCCAGUAGCAUCAUUCCCAACAAAUGAUCUUGUUAAUGGUGAUAAUCACAAUGAUCACUCCAAGACUGAACCUGAAACCACUAUAAAUGCCUAUCAUGGAUAGUAGAAAAGUAUCAUCUUCCAUUCAAAACAGUAAGCCUGGAUCCUAGAAUCUAUGGGCAAGCCUUGUUUCAUCUCAUAGGCUGGUAAGGAUCAGUGCCAAUCUGCUUUUGUCUUGGCUGGCAGAAUUGUCAAUCUCAUUUCACACAAUUCAGAUGACUCUCAUGCAGAAGCAGGUAGACACCAAGAUGCAUGUUCUGAGAAAGACCUGCAUAUGUUACAUACAGAAGCCAUACUCAUGAGCAACACUCAACAAUAUUUAUAUUAGAUUUUCCCAGCUGGAUGGCACUUUUAGAACACCUUGCCGGGGGGGGGAGUGAUAACCCUUUGUACAAACUGCAAAAUAAGGGCCAGAAUGGACCAGUCAUGUCAGAAUAAAUGGAAUCCAUCUGCUAACCAUAAAUUUCAUUUUGCCAGUGCAACCUGAGAGUUUUGGUCCACUGCAGUGCCCAUUCUGUUUCACAAAGAAUGCAAAUGAUUGUGUGGUCAUCGACACCCAUAACUGCCCUAUUGGAGAGACUAAGUGCAUAACAUUUGCUGGUUUCAUGCAGCAAGGUGAGUAGAACUGCCAAUCAGCAGAGGGUGGGGGGUGAGGGAAAGCAGCUCUCAGCCAUCAGCUACCUGACCCUUUUCUGACCAAAUGUGAUAAAAGCAAAGGAUGGGGUGGGGACCUGCGUUUUCUUUGAGGGGAUGAAUUUAAAGUUUUUUUUACACUGCUUGCCCCAUUCCUCAGUCAAUGGCAUGGUGUUGACCCGCCCCCAGACAGUGCUGGGAAAUCCCUGAUCGCAUGGAAGCAAACAUGUAUAAAGCUGUCAUUCCCAUUUUGAGUUUCCACAUGCCUUGGAGGGAUGUUGUCUUGUGGGCUUUGGGGAAAAUUAAAUUGGUGGCUAAAUUCGCAAAUGUGGGCUUCACCCAAUAGCCUUGAUCUGGUCAGAGUACAAGUAGACAGGGAAGAAAGGGAAAGCAGGGCUCGUGGAAGACAUCAGAAGUGGGCCGUUCUCAGGUGCCAUGGUCCUGAAAUUUGCCCAAGAAUGCCACGCCCUGAUGCCAAACCUGACUCAUAUUACUCUGCUUUAUCUUUCAUUUCAGUGUCUUUUUGGGGGGGAUGAAAUUACAUCUUGUGAAUUUUCAGGGAACAUAACAGGGGUGGGGGUAAAAGGGUCCUGCAGGUUCCCCAAGUGUGCUGGGUCCUUAAAUCCACCCUGACUCAUAUUAACAUUCUUCUCUUUCUAGCGGGUACAAGUCAAGUGUGGGCUGCUUUCAAAGGAUGUGCAACACCAGAUUUCUGUAAUUUCAUAACAACACUCCCAACAGGAGUAAGGCGAAGACUGAAUGUCUUGCUGAGGUUCAAUGUCACCCAAGCGACAUGUGUUGAUGCCCAGCCAUCAUCCUAUACUUCUGGCCUGUAGAUGUGCCCUUCGUGGGACUUGGGAGGAAACUGUGCUAUCAGCGGCAGGGUGUGGAAGAUCUCUAGAGAUGCUGGAGGCAGGUGCAAGAGGGCAGGAAAUUGAGAUUUGGGAGAUGUAGUUAGAGAAAAUAUGGCACAGGGAUUUCCAUUUGAAUUGUGAUCUGAAUAAAUUGAUAAAGCAGACAAAUUCUGUUUCUUGCAUUGGGGCUUUUCAAGUGAAUAAUUUCUAUGCAGUGAUGGCACAAUGAAUGUUAACUUCUGAAGGCCAAGAACGAGAAGAAAAUUGUAAUCUGGGAUAUUAAUAGUUUUCGCCUAAUGGCACAGGUUUUAGUUUUGGUUUUUCUUUAGUAGGGGGAACUAGUUCCACUAGGAAAGCUGAAUGAAGAGAAAAGCAUUACACUUUCUGGCAUUGUUAUGUGCUCAGUCUAGAAGGCUCAUUUUUCCAUUACACCACUAUUAUCUGCAAAUAUGUAAAGAAACUAGAGAUCAGAUAAAAGAUCUCAAUUGUCUGUCCA